AUGUCAUCAGGUGAACAUAGUACAUCUGAUAUAGAGAAACACCCAAUUACUUCUACCUCAGAUAUUGAGAUCAUUCCAGGUACUGUCCAAUUGAUUGAUAUUACCGGAGGAUUACAUGUCAAAAAGAAUGAUUUAAAUGAUAAUGUCAUCUUAUUACCUCAACCCUCAAACAACAUCAAUGAUCCAUUAAGAUGGAGUAGAUUAAAGAAACAUUUUCAAUUCUUUUUGGUUUGGAUUUGGUGUUUUAUGUUUGCAGUAACAACAAAUUUCUACGGUCCAUUAUUUGGAAUAUUCAUGGAUGAAUUAGGUGUCACUUUGAAUGAAUUGACUAUUAGUGUUGCACUUUGCUUUUUAUUUCUUGGUGUUGGAUGUUUACUUAUUCAACCUACGGCAUUAAAAUUGGGUAAAAGAUUCGUAUAUUUGUCAUGUACGAUUAUUGGUAUUAUUGGAUGCGCGCUCGGAUCAAGAGCGAAUUCAAUUGGAUCGAUUUAUUUAUUUCAAGCAUUUGGAGGAUUUGCUGCUGCCCCUGUUGAUACAUUAGCGGAAAUCACCGCUACUGAUAUUUAUUUCCAACAUCAAAGAUCGACUGCUUUUUCUUUGGUCAUUCUUUCCCUUUAUGCUGGGAGUUAUUUGGGUCCAGUAGCUGCUGGAUAUGUUGUUGACGCAUUAGGUUGGAGAUGGUGUUAUUAUAUUCAAAUUAUCAUUUAUGUUGCAUUAUUUAUCUUUUUGGCAUUUACGAUGGAAAACACUUCUUUUAGACGUGAUCAUGCUGCAGAAGAAGAAUUCGAGGAAGAAGUCAUCAAAGCAGUAAAAUCAAAGGAAUUAGACGUCGUUACCCUGAUAUUGGAAGUUGGGGCAGCAGGAGGAGAUGAAGAUAGUGAUGAGAAUUCAAUCGACGAAUCUAUUCCCAAGAAAGCUUACAAAGAACGUAUGAAACUCAUUCAAACUGACAGCAAUGAUGUAAGAUCCUGGUUCUUGAUCUUCUCAAGACCAUUCUUGUUAUAUUCCUUCCCAGCGGUAGUUUGGGGUGGAUUAGUCUAUGGGGCUCAAAUGAUGUGGUUAUCUUUAAUCGGUAACACCCAAUCAAUAAUCUAUGGUGAACCACCUUAUAAUUUCUCAGCCAAUGGAGUUGGAUUAACGAACUUGGGUGCAUUUGGAGGAAGUGUAAUCGGGAUGGUUUGUGGAGGUUAUGUCGUUGAUCAUUCUUCAAUUUGGUUGGCAAGAAGGAACAAUGGUAUUUUGGAGCCUGAAUUCAGAUUAUAUUCUAUGAUAAUCCCUACAAUUACUAAUGCUGGUGGAUUGUUGGCAUAUGGAUUAGGAUCUUAUUAUGAAGCACAUUGGGCUAUAUCUGUUGUUAUCGGACAAGGACUUUUGGGUGUUGCCAUGGGCGCUUCUGGGGCUAUAUGUUUAACUUAA